UAUAUCACAUUCCCCAAUCUACUUGCAGGAAAAACUGAAGCCUGAAUACUUGGAAGAACUUCCUGGGAAGCUGAAGCUCUUUUCCCAGUUUCUGGGGGACAGGAAAUGGUUUGCAGGAAAUAAGAUCACCUAUGUGGAUUUCCUUGCCUAUGACGUCCUGGAUCAGCAGCGGAUGUUUGAGCCGAAAUGCUUCAAUCAGUACAAAAACCUACAGGAUUUCUUUGACCGCUUUGAGGUGAAAUUUCUGAUGAGCUCCAGAUUGGAGCAUUGGAGGCAUUGUUCUGAUACCAUUGGGGAAAAGAAUGCAAUCCUCACUUCAACUAAGCUUUCCAACAAUCUUCCAUCCUUCCACCAUGUCACCUGAUUCUCUUUCUCCAUAUGUAUCUUUCUGCUGAGAG